AUGUGGGGGGCAGAGGUUUAUAUUUAUGUAAACUCUCUUGAAAAGUUAUUCAUAAUUGUGGGUAAAUCAGAUAAAAUAUGGAUUCAGACAGUAUUCUACUUAUUAUAUAUGCUAUGUGUGUCAAUACGCAGCAAAACAAAUAGCAGACAUCAAUAUUAUGCUACUAAGCCUUUGCAAUAUUAGAAAUUUUAUGAGAUGAAAAAAAAAUAUGAUUUCAAGAAUGAUGAUUUGACAUUCCCCAUCAAUAUACCACUUAAACAAAGAUAUGCAUAUCGACCAUAAAGACAAUUCAAUAAAGCCACCCCAUAAAAUGAUUAUCUUAAUACAGAAGUUAUGAGUGGCAAUGAAAUCCUCUUAUACUUUGAAUAAUUAGACAACUUGAGAAUCAAUGAGAUCUUGAAUGGUCUUGAGAGAUUGCAUAAAUACAAUAAAGGAUAAUUCAAUCUUGCUGAACAUCCUUGGGUUAAAGCUGCCUUAGACAAAGUAUUUGAAGAACACAAUCAUCUUACCAAAAUUCAAUUUAUACAAUUACUCAAUAUCUACAGUAAUUAUGGCAUUGAAACACCAGAGGUUUGGGCAAAGUUUUAAGAAAGAAUGAUUAAACUAUUACCCAAUAUUCCAGCUAAAUUGUUUGGUGAAUGUGUUAGACUAUUCAUGGAAAAGUCAGAAAGAUCAACUGAUGAAUUCAAAAAAGAAUUGAGUCUUGUUAUCCCUGUUCAUUUAACUAAAAUGUCUCCAUAGGCAAUUGCAACAGCAUUCGAAAUGGUUUACAAACACAAUCUGAUGACUGAAUACUUAUUCUUUGAUCAUUUACACUUAAUUUUGAGAAACAGAUUCAAAUGGUUCAUAAAGGGAAAAGCUUGUCCACUCAUGUUGAGACUCCUAAGAGAAGCUAACUUUGAAACAUGUGAAUUUUUAUGGCCUGAAGUGUACAAACAACUUGAGGCAGAAUUAGAUAGAAUUCCAAAUGAUUAAUGUGCACCAAUCAGAAAUGAGCUAGUCAAAAUUGGUGAGGCAUUUCCCAGUCAUUCACAAUAUAAUAAUAUUAUUAUAGCCAAAAAGAUAGGUGCUAGAGCUACUUGGGAAGCGACACUUGGAGGAUAAGCUAGAAAAUUAAGUUUAGUGGAAAUUGUUAAAAAUGAUAUCCUAUAUUACAAGGAGAAAUAGAAGCUAUAGAGAAGUCAAAGCUAACAGAGUCCUUGAUAUAUAAUUAUGAAAUUGUAAAAUAUACAAUUAUUUACAAAAACUAAAA